AUGCCACGGAAAUAUCAAAGAAAGGCAAGUGCACGCACAAGGGCCUUGUGGACCGAAGAACAAUUGCAAGAAGCCAUUAAUAAAGUUAGUUCCGGUGAGGUAUCCAAAAGAGAAGCUCAUAGGCGUUAUCAGGUAUCACCAAAGACCCUUAAACGUAGAAUGGCUAGUGUUCGGAAAGGGAGUCUCGGACCAGAAGGUGUUCUAGGGCAUGAAAAUGAAAAACGGUGGGUUGUUCACAUCCAACGAUUGGCAGCGGCUGGAUUUGCUCCUGAUAGAAAUACAGUUCGACGAUUGGCUUACAACUUUGUUGAGAAACUAAAAUUAAAACACAUUUUUUCAGACAAUAGCGGCAUGGCUGGUUAUUCUUGGCUUUCAUCAUUUUUGGAAAGGAACCCCGAAUUUUCUAUAAGGCAAACUGAAGAAUUGUCAUUAUCAAGAGCUCGAGGAAUGAACAGAGAAGAAACCUCACCAUUUUUUCAACUUUUGAUUGAUACCUUAACUGAAUAUUGUGAAUAUAGUAUAUUGGACAAACUGUCUCAUAUUUUCAAUAUGGAUGAGACAGGUGUACAACUGAUCAACAAACCUGGCAAAGUCCUAGCAACGAAAAGUGCAAAAGAUGUAUACGUUUUAACAUCUAAAGAGCGAGGAGAAAAUGUUACUGUUGUUGCAUGUUGUGGUGCAGACGGCAGGUUUAUUCCGCCCACAUUAAUUUUCAAAGGUGUAAACCAAAAGGCUGAAUAUUCAGAUGGAUUACCAGCUGAAUCCAAAGUUUAUAUGAAUAAAAAUUCAUCCUUCAUAAACUCGGAAUUACUUCUUAAAUGGUUAAAAGAGCAGUUUAUUCCGAAUAAACCACCCGGUAAAUGUUUAUUAAUCCUGGAUGCCCACACUUCACACAGUACUGAUGGCGAUAUGCUGCAAGUGGCUGACAACGAUAUCGUUAUUUUGUGUUUACCAAGUCACUGUACGCAGGCUCUUCAGCCACUAGACCGGAGCUUUUUUAAGCCAUUUAAAACUUAUUUGAACCAAGAAGCUCAGUUAUGGAUGAAACACAACGCCAGCAGAAACCUCACGAGAUAUCAAGCUGGUUCAUUAAUUGGAAAAGCUUGGUUAAGAUCAGCAUCUGUGGCCACAGCCAUUAACGGUUUCAAGGCAGCAGGGAUAUAUCCUGUUGAUCCAAAUGCAAUUCCGGAUCACUUUUAUUCGAUAAUCGAUUCAGCCACGGCUACGACAGAAACUUCCCCAGAAAGAGAUGCUGUCCGUUCCAGCUUAGAAUUACCCUCCACAAGCCCUGCAAGUCCUAUUCCAACAUGUAGUGGUGGAGACGACGGCGACGGUCCAAAAAUCACUCCUUCAAAAUUUUUGCAAGAAGUGUCUGUCCCAAAAAUACCUGUAUCCGUUAAACAGAGGUACAAGCAAAGCGCAACUGUGUUAACAUCAUCCGAAAACAUAAAAACAAAGAGGGUUCGCUCACAAACCUAA